UGGCGGGGCGAGGUGUGUGUUGCACGGCGGCGAUACCUUCCCUCCAUCGCAGACCCAAACACGAAAACUUCAAGUGAACGUCCGGAGAGGAGGAACGGCCUGACCCUCCACCCGCCCCCCCGAGCCUCCCCUCCACCCCCGUGUUUCAGGUGGAAGUCUUUGGGGCGAAUUCCAGGAACGAGGGAGAGAGCGUCAGGUGUUCAGCAGCACGUGUAAUUAGCAAGCUUCUCCUCCUUGCUCGGCGUCCCCAGGCAAUCCAGUCAAGCUAGACAACAAUCAGCGUCACGCAAUCUUACAAGCGGUCUAUUUACCAUUCCCCUUCCUCCCGAUCCUAUAAUUUCCUGCCUGUUAAAAGAGGUCCCAACACCUCCUUCCUCUCCUUUACUGUUGCAUUCUGCCUCUUCCUACCAUCAGUUCGUCCAGGAAUACUUGUGAAACGACUAUUUUAUCAUGCAUUACUAAACAUAAUCUUGUCAUUACCUAGAGAAAGUUUGCGGUUCUUUACCCUCAGCACUACAGCUCUUAUUUCAAUGCAUUCUUCCUUUUGUAAUGUAUGUUCCUUCAUAAACAAAUAGUGAUAGAUACCUUUUUUUUUUCGUCCUAACCUCAUUCUCUCUCUCUCUCCCCUCCUAUUCCUUAUUUUAUUUCUUUUACCAACCAGGAAUACGAUUAAUAUUACAUCCCUUCUUCAAUCUACUGACUUGUAGCUUUCCAAAGGUAGUUUAUGCCUCCCUGACUUUCCUCACGCAUCCCUAACACGUCGCUGCCCUAACAAGAUGUCGGGGAAGGCUGGCUCUCCCGGAGACUCCCGGACGCGGCCCUGGCAGGACUCGUUACACACGGCAGGACAGGCUCUCAACUUCCUCCUGGCGUCUGGCACGCUCUCAGACGUCACGCUGAUGGUCGGUCGAGAAGGUAAACAGUUCAGGGUUCACCGCCUCGUCCUGGCUAUGCGCAGCCCCGUCUUCGAGGACCUGCUGCUCCUCAACACCACCAGCAAGAGCUCCGUCGUCACGCUCAAGGAUGACUCGCCCUCCGCCUUCUACUGGCUCCUCAACCACAUCUACGCCGACAAGAGCGACAUCGACAGUACAGACCUCGCCCUGCAGGUGCUCAGCCUGGCGGACAAGUACAUGGUGGCCAGCGCUUAUGACAUCUCCAUUAAGUUCCUGCAGAAUGUUGUGAAGCGGAACAAUGUGCUCAAAAUUUACAAGUACGUGGUUCAUCUGUUUCCCGACAACGAGUCUCUGAGGAACCUUUGCUCGAGGGUGUUCCAAGAAAAUGGCAACGCAGUGCUGAUGUCCCCCGCCCUGCUGGAGCUCACGCCCGAGGCGAUGGGCCAGCUGCUGUGUGAGCCCCUCAGGGUGACCUCGGAGACUGUGAUAUUCAAGGCUCUCGUUAAGUGGGGUCAGGCUCAGUUGAAGCUCCAAAGAAAACCUUGCACGACAUCUGGGCUACGACUGGAGGUCGGUCAGUUUCUCCCGUUGGUACGCUUCUUUACCAUGACGUCUGAGGAGUUCGUGCAGAGCGUCGUAACUUCAGACGUGCUCACUCCCGAAGAGGUUGUCUUCGUCCUCAAGAGCAUCGCAAACCCCGAGGGAGACUCUUCUUCCUCAACGUCCCCCUCGACCAACUCCGUCAAGAUCAAUACCAAUAGGGAAAGUCGAGGCUUCAUCAGUACGAAGGAUGUCACUCGGACGUGCGUGUGCGAGGGCGUGAGCAAGCUGUGGCUGCGGGAUCACGUGUACCACUUCCAGCUCGUGCCCAGCGACAACGUGGUGCUCCUGGCGUUUCACGUGCAACUGCAGGGCGACAGUGAGGAGGCGCAGGUCGACAUUCGCAAAGAAGACCCAGGCUCGUCUGUGAUAGCCAGUGCUCGGUCCAGCAGCGGCUACAUGUCCUUCAAGAACCCAGUCCACUUGCGCGAGGAGGUCACCUACAUUGUCACCAUCCACGUGCCUAACCCGCAGACAGCGCUCUACGGCAGCAAGUUCAGCAGCCAAGUGUUCGAGGCGGAUGGGUUCAGGUUUAACAUCACUCCAGGCGUGUUUGUCCGCCUCCUUGAGUUUUUUUGAAAAUGAGGAAAUCUAAGGCUGAUUCUAUGAUUCUCAAGAGUUUCUAUGCUUUGAAUCAUGGACGAGAGGUGGUCUUUCUUUUUUCUUUUUUUUCACGUUCCGCCAAUGACACCGUUAGGCGUUCUUGGUGUGGCCUGAUGGUCGGCCCCAGUCCGUUAUGGCACAGGCAAGUGCUUGUAAUGACUGGCUCAUCGUGUCCCCUAGAACUCAUCCUUAAUCUUAUUUUUGAGAGAGAAUCUAGAGUCUGGGUUGAUAGGUGGUCUUCAGGGCAAUAUGUAGGUAGUCUUAGGGCCGCUUUCACAGUCACUUUGUUUGUUUUGAUCGUUACCAAUGGCGGAGAUCGAUGCUAUAUUUUUCCACGUGAAUCUGGCCUAUGGGGUAGUGGCGGCUGCAGAGGAAGCGAGAGGUGUUGAGAGUGUGUGGCAAGGUGCGGAGCUAGGCUAACCCCGCAGCCAUCACUACCCCAUUGGCCAGUUUUACGUGGAAAACUAUAGCGUCGAUCGCCGCCAUUGGUAAUGUUCAAAACAAACAGAGACUGUGAAAGCAGCCCUUAGGCCACUCGACGGUGACUGAAAAAUCCAAGCUUGUGGCGGCGGGCGUGACCCGAAGAGGAAUUACACGCAUUGUCUGGUUCUAGGAUUACAUAAAAAUAACUGUACUUAUAAUAUGAAUAAUAGCCAGAGUAAUUAUCAUUUCGGUGCUUAAAUGAAAGAUGUUUAAGACCUCACAAAAUCCAUCCGGUUUUAAGAGUACAAAUAUUUUUUUUUUUUUUUAUUGCCUGACUGUGGCUAAUGUGAUACGUCCGUUUUUUUUUAUUUUUUAUACUAGACAUGUUUUUUGUAAUGUUUGUGAUUAUGGCCUAGAGAAUAAUUUUGUUACCUUGUACUUUUCAUCUCAAUAUAAAAACGAAAUGAUAUAA